UUGGUGCUGGUGCUGGGUGACCUGCACAUCCCCCAUCGCUGUAACAGCCUCCCGGCCAAGUUCAAGAAGCUGCUGGUGCCUGGCAAGAUCCAGCACAUCCUGUGCACAGGGAACCUCUGCACCAAGGACACCUAUGACUACCUCAAGACCCUGGCUGGGGACGUCCAUGUUGUCAGAGGGGACUUUGAUGAGAACCUGAAUUAUCCUGAGCAGAAGGUUGUGACUGUUGGACAGUUCAGAAUUGGGCUGAUUCAUGGCCAUCAGGUGAUCCCCUGGGGUGACAUGGCCAGCCUGGCCCUGCUGCAGAGGCAGUUCGAUGUGGACAUCCUCAUUUCAGGGCACACACACAAAUUUGAGGCAUUUGAACAUGAAAAUAAAUUCUAUAUCAACCCAGGAUCAGCUACAGGAGCCUACCAUGCCUUAGAGAACAACAUCAUUCCUUCAUUUGUGCUGAUGGACAUCCAGGCUUCUACAGUAGUUACAUAUGUCUAUCAACUAAUUGGAGAUGAUGUGAAGGUAGAAAGAAUUGAGUACAAGAAAUCCUAAACAAUGUUUUUGCUUGUCUGGUAUUUUUACCAUCUCCUUCUGAACUGCAAGUUCCAAACUUGCUUGCUCGUUUACAGCCCUGCACUGUCUCUAACAGCUCAACAAUGUAACUUCUUGUCAUGAAUUUAAACAACCUUGUGUUUGCUUUUCUCUGUAUGAUUUGUAAAAUAUUCCAUGAAGAUAACUGUCUGAAUACUGUUCCUUAAUGUAAUAAACUCCACUUCAUAGAAAAGCUGAGCCUGGUGAGUGCUGUUGGGAGGAAUGCAGCAGUUGUGGGGGUUUGGGGUUCCCCUUCCAAGGGGCUGGAACAGAGAUGGAGGGCUCUGGGAUGGGUUUGCUCCAGAAUCCAGUUUCUAUUGAAAUGUCCCAAUUUAACAUUCUCAGCUAAGCUCAAGGAGUAAAAUGGUUUCAUAGACUCUGGAAGGAUUACAAUUACCUUGUAAUUUAGUAGAGUUUGAGUCUUUCUCUGAUCAAAGCACUUUCAGCUCUCUCUGUGCUUCCCUGAGUGAUGAUCUCACUCAAUCCAUAACCAGUGAGGUUUUCCUUAUUUGUGCUCACAUCUGACUCCAUUUUGUGCUCUUUGCUCCAUGCACAGAGCUGUCAGUGAUGGAAUUCCAUCUCUGUGGAAUUCCAUGUGACUCUUAAAGCUGCUGAGGAGAAAUCUGGGUUGUUCCAGGGCAGCACCCUGUGGCUGCUCAGCUCCCCUUUCUCACAACUGCUGUGACUUUCCAACAAAACAGAUUUUUAUCUUUGCCUCUCCCAGCAGAAUGUUUAGGAUGGGGGCAGUUCCCUUGGCCUUUGAGUUAUGACUUUUCCAUCAGCUGGAACACUUCUUUCUGUGUCAUGAGCUGAAUAAAUGACUCAUUUCUAUUCCAAAUAAAUCUGCUUUGCCCUGGA